AUGAAGCAGAAGUACCGACAGGACACAUACCAGGUGAUGAAGCACAUGAAGAUCUCGGCUUCCUUGGACAAGGGAACUCCAAACAUGGAGAAAUGGAACACACGAGUCAAGAAGGAGAUGAACGACUGGCUGGCCAUCUACCGACGGCAAAACCUGUCAGUGGGGAGGCAGUGGACAUCUCACCUCUCGCCUUUUCGCAGCUCACAGAUUUCCAUGUUUAAUCAGUGA